AAGAGAGAGAGAGAGGGAGAUUGGGCAAGAGAAAAAGAGGGAGAGGACGAGAGAGAGGGAUAGUGCAAGAGAGAACGAGAGUGAGAGAGAGAGAGAAAGAAAGACAGAAAGAUAGACCUAUACUUAUCAAUGUAUGAGUUCAUAAGACAACUUAUGUUUGUAAUCCCACACUACACUACACAUAUACGUACAUGCAUAUACAAUCAGUAGUUUUUUAGAUAUCCUAAAUGAAUCUCAAUUGCUUAAUUUAUUUUUACAGAUCUGGAUGUGCCAUAUUCAACAAAAAUGGAAAAUUAUACAAGCACUUUCUUAGCCUUGAAUUCUCUCUGGAAAGAUGGUAACAAACCAGAGUUUACAAGAUAUAUGCAAGAAAGUCUCAAUGUAGCUGCUGACCCCUAUAAAAUGGUUUCCGUCUGUAUUAAGUUAUGCCCAGACUUAUUUAAAAAUCGAUCAAGUGGAAUGCCAGCAAACAUCAUCGUUGAGUUGAUGUCGUUUUUAGGGAAAGGAAACUACCAGAAGUAUGAGCAUUGCUUGAAUGAGGCACUGCAAGUUGACAUGUUCCAUGUAUCUGUGAGGCAGAAGAAUGUUGGUCUUAUGAGGCUCUUUGUCAAGGCCUUUCAAUUAGAGAGAAUCAAGAUGUUGCUUCUACCUCAUAUCCAGGAAAUGCAGACGCAGGGACAGCUGAAGGAAGUAGCCACUCUAGCAACCCUCCUAAAUCUGCAGGAUGAGUUUUCCACUGAAGACCUGAUUGUGCCACUUUUUCUACAAGAUCGUCUCUCUUUGGCAGAUGAGUUUCUUCUCACCAGUCCCAGACACCAAAAGGAAAUUUUGUCUUUUAUAGACAAUAUUAUUGGGAAACAAGUAAACAUCAAUGAUCUUCACAAAACAUACAAAAUCAAAGACCCAAAGAAAGUCAAAUCUAGUAAAAUGCUUUGUAAUACAGUGGCUAAACUUUUGAAAAAAUUUGACUUGGAUGCAUCCAUCUGUCCACACAUGCAGAAACAUAGAGCCAGAGGAGCUUUGCGAUACAUUUUUUACAAAUACUACAUUGAGAAAGGCAUUCAGGUUCAAGCAUUUCAGAGUCUAAUAGAUGAUGCCCUGAAGGAGAGCCCACACCUUGGACUAGACCUAAUGCACCUCUUUGAUGAAUACCAUGAUCUAGAAGCUGCUGCCCCCUAUGUCAGAAAGCUUCAGCUUCACGCUGAUGAUAUUCCAGUAAGAAUAAAGGAAGUAAUUAGUGCAAAGCCUCAUCUCACAGAUGGAAACAUGGAUGCUGCCUCAGUCAAACAGUUGGCAGAGGAAGAAUGUUGGGAUGAUGGUAGAUUGGACUUUUAUUCACUUAAUGUACCUUUAGAGGAAGUGGUGAUAGUUACCUCAGUUGAGGAGUUCACAAAAUGUAUGUCACUUUUAAUGGAGAGUCCUGUCAUUGCUAUGGAUAGUGAAUGGAAGCCAACUUUUGGCAUUGGAUCUGCAGAACAAGCAUCACUCCUUCAAAUGGCCACACAGUCCAGGGUUUUCCUUUUGGAUCUAGUGGCUCUCCAGCCCUUGCUAGAAGACUCACAUUGGUCCUGCAUUGGCCAGCUCUUUUCUAAUCCAAAAAUCACCAAGAUAGGAUAUGGCAUUAGAGGAGAUUUUAAGAUCCUUGCCAAACUACAUAGUGAAGUACAAAAAGGAUUUGCAAAUGCCAAAAAUGUAAUUGACCUUGAUCAAAUAAAAGGGAUUUUGGUGGAGGAUUACCCUGAAGUCUUUCCUCACAAUUCUUCAAACUACAAAGGUUUAACAGACCUUGUAUACCGCUGCUUUGGUUUGCCGUUAGAUAAAACUGAUCAGUUCUCCAACUGGGCAGCCAGGCCCCUUACAAAGUCACAGAUCAGAUAUGCCACUAUGGAUGUUGUGUCCCUCAUAGACAUACACACUUUCCUAGGUAAAAAGGCACAAGAACUGGACAUUGAAGACUGGCGAAAUAUCAGACCCAAGAAGGGAAAAGAAAAAGUUAAGAAGGAUCGUCCAGUCAGAAAGCAAAUUCCAAAGACUCAUGAGGAUAUGCAGAAGGUGAUGAAUAAGGAGCCCAUCCUGGCUGCUGAUUUUCAUGUGAUUUGUGACACAAUGGUUCAAGGUUUAGCUAAGAAGCUCAGAUGUUUUGGAAUAGAUGCAGAAGCAUUGGAGACAGGAGAGAGCUGUGAUAAAUGCAUAGAAUAUUAUGAAAAAGAAAAGAGGGUUGUGCUGACCAAAGGAAGUGCAUAUGAGAGGUUGGCUAAAUUUAUCCCAUCAAGCUUCAUAUACAUGGUUCAAAAAGAAUCUGCAAAUCAGCAAGUUGAAGAGAUAAUUAAUGUCUUUAAUGUAAAAGUAACUGUCAAAGACAUAUUUGCAAGAUGCCCUAAGUGCAACUCUGCUUCAUACUUGUUCAUACCCUCAUGGAUCAUCCGAUCUUUGAAAGAGAAUGUUGAUAUCAACAUGACAGAUACUGUCCCUGACAAGUGGGUUCAGUGUGAAGGGGGAGAGGUAAACCUAUCAACAGGAUACACAAGGCAAGGCAUUCAAGUUUUGGUUGCCCAUAUCGCAGAGGCAGUCAUCUUGAGAACAGAGACAUUCUAUGUGUGUGCCCAGUGUGGCAGGUGCUACUGGGACGGCUCCCACUAUGAGAGGAUCAUCAAUGGCAGGUUGAGUGAUAUUGUGCAGGGGGGUAGCAGUGAUAGUGAAGUACGAAAGGAAAUUUAAGGAAUCAAGAACCUUGCAAGAGAAGGAAUUUGGCAUCUUUUUUAGAGAAAGAUGCUUCCCCUUAUUGUAUUUUGGAAAGUUUCUUGUGUACACCGGGAAAAAAAACUUGUGAUUUAUGACAAAGAAUUAGAUUAUCUAAUAUCUCUUUUGUGUGAAUUUGAAAUAAGGAUGUUGUAAUUGAUGGAAUUAUUAUUUUGGAGUAAUUUCAGAUUUGGUUUUACAAAUUUGUGUAAUGAUUUCAUUAUUUUCCAAAAUAACAUUACCAUCAGAAUUGUUACAGUGAUAAAGCCAAUUUCCUUUUUAUUUUAUCAAA